GCGCUGAUGCCUGCAUGUAUCACAAUUCGAUUGAAGCAAUGUCGACUGCGUUCCAGGAGAGCAUCCGAGCGUCAAGCAGCCACUUUGCAUAGCAUACCACACAUUAACCGCAGAUCUGCGGAACUAGUAUCCAGUGCAUCAGAGUGCGGUCCACCGAGCACGCCAGGAGCCCAAUAAGCCACCGCCGAUCCUCAGCCGAAAUAAUCAGAGGUUAUCUAUAUAAAGAGCGACGAGCCCUAAACCCGCCCACAUUGUCAAACACUCUGCGCCGCAACACGCAUAUUCUCCGAAUCACAUACUUCCCUUAAAUAAAGACAUGCAGAACGAUGAAAAGGCAGUCAGCGUUAUGACCGGAGACCAGACCCAGGAAGAGCAGAACCUGGCGGAACACAGAGACGACGACCAGUCUCAAGAUAUCACGCCGACGGGUGAAAUCCACCCUGAUGCGUGGGACAGCGACGCUGAUUCCGAGGAGGAAAGCGAAGCAAAGGUUAAGGGCGACAAAGAAGAUGAAAGAGCACAACAUGGCUUCACUGUCCCUGUUUCCAAACCAUCAGUACCAACCAAGCCUACGAAGCCGAAGCCUUCCGGUUCAUGAGGUGGAGGCUCGUCUAGAUAGAGUCCCCAAGUUAUGGGUUGGAGAAGAGGGAGUGGAAGAAGAGGCUAUGGAGGUAGCGGACUCUGCGACCGUUUCAGAAGCUGAAGCUCAAAAACCAGGAUGUACUAUUUUGCGGUGUUAUAUGGGUGCAUGAAGGUCGAUCCGCACGUACCAGUAUUGUGUA